AUGGCCGGCCACAUUGUGCGCGCCCGCGCCCGCGCCCUGCGCACUCAAACCAUCGCCGCCGCCAGACGACCGCACAUCCUCGGUGGCAAGCUCGUCCCGCCCGCACCAACCCACCGGACCCUUGCCACGCGGCGCAUUACGACCGCAGCCGCAGCGCGUGAGCCUGCCCUCGAGCUUCCGGGCGCCCAAGUCGAGUUCCCACCGCCACAACCAUCGCAGCAGGCCCGCAGAGAUGCGAUCAAGCAGGCGAAGCCCUUCUCGGAAUUCCUGACCGACACCUUCAACCGCCAGCAUGACUACUUGCGCAUCAGUGUCACCGAGCGCUGCAAUCUGCGCUGCCUAUACUGCAUGCCGGAAGAGGGCGUACCACUAUCCCCGCCGGACCACCUCCUGACGAGCCCCGAAAUCUUCUACAUCUCCUCGCUCUUCGUGUCGCAAGGCGUCAACAAGAUCAGGCUGACGGGCGGCGAGCCCACGGUGCGGCGCGACAUCGUCCCUCUGAUGCGGUCCAUCGGGUCGCUCCGCGCCAAGGGCCUGCGCGAGCUCUGCAUCACCACCAACGGCAUCUCGCUGCACCGCAAGCUGGACAGCAUGGUGGAGUCGGGGCUGACGGGCAUCAACCUGAGCCUGGACACGCUGGACCCGUUCCAGUUCCAGCUGAUGACGCGGCGCAAGGGCUUCGACGCCGUGAUGAAGAGCGUCGACCGCGUGCUGGAGAUGAAGCGGGCGGGCGCGCCGGUGAAGCUGAAGAUCAACUGCGUCGUCAUGCGCGGGUUGAACGACCGCGAGAUCGUGCCUUUCGUCGAGCUGGGCCGCGAGAAAGACGUCGAGGUGCGCUUCAUCGAGUACAUGCCGUUUGACGGCAACCGCUGGAACCAGAAGAAGAUGAUGUCCUACCAGGAAAUGCUGGAUGUCAUCCGCGCCGAGUAUCCCGGCUUGCGCCCCGUGCAGGGCCACAGGAACGACACGAGCAAGACGUGGGAGAUUCCCGGCUUCGUCGGCAAGUUCGGCUUCAUCACGAGCAUGACGCACAACUUCUGCGGAACGUGCAACAGGUUGCGCAUCACGAGCGACGGUAAUCUGAAGGUCUGCCUGUUUGGCAACACCGAAGUCUCGCUGCGCGAUAUCAUGAGGAAGGAUAACGACGGCAGGCCGAUUGAUGAGGAGGCCUUCGAGGCCAUCAAGGAGGUCGAGAUCAAUAGGCGACAGGGUCUCUUGAGCGAGGGCUCGGGUCCCGCUUGGAGCGAGCGUGAGCGUGAGCUUCUCGAAGUCAUUGGCGCCGCGGUCAAGCGCAAGAAGGAGAAGCAUGCCGGAAUGGGCGAGCUUGAGAACAUGAAGAACAGGCCUAUGAUUCUAAUCGAUGAACAACUCCCCAGCCGCUCAUAUUCCAGCGGACAGUACAAGGCCAGAGCGCCCGCGCGUUCGGGCGCGUCAAAUCUAUCACAGCCGUGGAAAUCAAUCCCGACUCAUCUACUAGGAGCAAGUUCACCAAGCAUGGGAAUGAGAUAUUACUCAUCUUACUUCCGCUGGGUUUCCCCCAAAAAGUACGAGGAAGAGAACGACGACCCAUCCAACAACAACAGCAACGCACAGAAGCAGCAGCAGCCAGACGCGUCCGCCAGGCUCACGCACGUCAACCAAAAGGGCACGGCGCACAUGGUCUCGGUCGCCAACAAGGUCGUCACGCGGCGCACCGCCUUCGCCGUCUCGAGCGUCCGCUUCUCCAAGGCCGGCCCCCUCGACCUCAUCCGCCACAACGCCGCGCAAAAGGGCGACGUCCUCGGCACCGCCCGCAUCGCCGGCAUCAUGGCCGCCAAGCACACCGCCACCAUCAUCCCCCUCUGCCACAACAUCAACAUCGCCCACGCCGAGGUCGAGGCGGGCCUGAUCGACCCCCCUCCACCAUCAUCAUCAUCGCCAUCAUCGUCAUCAUCCGCGGACGCUGCUCGCGCCGGCGCCGGCGCCAACACGAACGCCGCCGCGGACCGCCCCCACCACCACCCCCUCCUGGUCUCGUCCUCGCACCUCUCGUCGGGCGACCCGCGCCUGCCGCCCGCCGACGUCGACGCCGCGGCGCAGUACCCCUUCGGCGGCGUGCUGCUCACCGCGCGGCUCGAGACGCAGGGGCAGACGGGCGUCGAGAUGGAGGCGCUGCACGCGGCCUCGGCCGCCGCGCUCACCGUCUUCGACAUGUGCAAGGCCGUCGACCGCGGCAUGGCGGUGGUGAACUCGCGCGUGGUGCUGAAGGCGGGGGGCAAGUCGGGCGAUUGGGUGGAUGAGGGGUGGUUGUAUGCGAGGGCGGGGGUGGUGUUUGCGGGUGCGGGUGAGGGGGGGGGGGGGGUGGGGGAGGUGGGGGAGGUGAGGUGGGGGCGGAAGCAGUGGAAGAAGUGUUUUCAGGUGUUGGUGAGGGCGGGGUGGGAUGAGGUGAGGGCGAGGGAUCUGUUGGAUUGGAUCAAGUUGAGGCCGAGGGGCGGUGGUCGUCGUGGUGGAGGGCUCGUUGGCGGCGGGCAGGUCGGGGAUGGGAAGGCUAAGGCGACGAGGAAGGUUGAGCGCGGAGGUAAGCCGCGGGGUUCGACUACCGGUCAGGACGUGCGGAAGAGCAGCGUCGAGCGUAAGGAGGAGGAGGAGGAGGAGCCGAGCGCGCAGACGGAUAAAGAUGAAGCGGCACCAUCACCGUCCAUCCCUUCCGCUCCUGCUGGUCCGCCUCCCUCCGAUAGCGUUGCUUCCGAGCCCUCUGCUUCCGAGCCCCCUGACUCUACCUCUACCUCUUCUCUAGCUUCUUCUAGCUCGAGCCUCGAUGAGACCGUAGACACCCCGCAGGAGCAGGUUCAGGACGGGGAAACCAGCACCGACGCAACCGCCGCCGACGCCCAGGAGGGUCCACUCACGGCAUCGAUGAUCAGGAGAAUGAGGUUGCCAAACAUCUCCUCCGACGGAGCCAACCAAAGGAGAUCGUACUCGACGGUCCGGGACAGGCCGCGGCAGAGACAGAAGAAGGAGCACAAGAAGCCCGAGGCGGAAUUGGAGGAGUUGGAGGACCCGUGGACGAUGACGGAGGCGGAUCAGGAGAAACACGAAAGAAGUCCGAAGAUGUCGAAGAGAAAAGCGGAGGCGCGGACCAUGGUGGAAGGCUUGGAAGAGGAUAUGGAAUUCGACUCUGAAGAGAGGGGAUUCGACAAAGGGUGGGAUGCAGAGCAAAAACCAACGAUCAAUUACGAACUAAGGAGGCACGAGAGACGUGAAAGGAAGAAAAAGAAAAAAGCGGAGGAGAAGGCGUUGAAGGCGGAAAGGAGGGCGGAGUGGGUCAGGAACACCCGAGCAGCCCAGGCUCGAAGGAAAGAAGCAAGCGAAUUCGACCUCAGUCCCAAAAAACGCAGGUAUCUCAUGUACAACGACCCUCUGGCAUACGUCGCCGCCGCCGAGCAGAGCCCCAAGCGCGACACCUCGCGCGGCAUCGGCGUCGCCAUCCCCGCCAUCCAACCCUCAGCGAGCGAGGCAUCCAGGGCGCAGAACUCGACCAAGCUCUCCCCGAAGCCGCCGCCGGCCUCCGCCUCGCCCGACACCGUCGAGGGCCGCCGCCACCGGCGCGACCAGAUGUGGGACAAGCGCAUGGAGAACCUGGCGGCGCUCAAGGAGCGCGCCAAGCACGCCCGGCUCUCGCCCCGGUACAGCCGCCACUGGAACCGCGCCGUCGGGCGCGGCCGCGAGUCCAUGGCCAAGCUCGAGCUGGCGGCGCGCAUCGGCAAGCACGACAGCUGGUACGACGUGCUCGCGUGGUCGCCGCCGCAGGACCUUGACUGGUCGGCGCCGGGCGAAGGCGGCGGCGGCGCCGGGGACGCCGCCGCCACCGCCGCGCUGCGCGACAGCUGGGAAGAGUUUGCCCGCCGCGCGAAAAUCAUGCCCGAGUGGACGGAGGAGGAGCGGAGGGGCGUGCCGCGUCGCAUCAUCUUGAGGCACUUGGAGGAGGACGAACACAAGCGGCUGAAGAGGGCGAUGGGGAGGGUCGAUUAUAACGAGUACAUGCUGCUGCAGUCCAUCGAGGGGAAGAGGGAGAGGAGGUGGGAGAGGGAGAGGGUGGUGGUCAAUGCGGAAACGGCGGCGGCGGAGAGGACGAGGGCGAUGCUGGAGAGCGAUGUUUCUUCUCAUCAGGGGCUCUGGUACGAUGAGUUGAUGAUAAAAGAGAUGGAGGCGGAGGCGGAGGAGAAUAGCAUGGAGGCGUAUGACGCGCAGAAGGAGAGGGAGGCGGAGUGGGGGGGUAAGGCGGAUAGGGGGCUGCAGGAGUCGAUUGAUAAGAAGAGCGCGAUGAAGCCGACGAAGAAGAAAAAUAAGAAGAAGGAACGGGUGGAGAACCCCUGGGAGUAG